AUGGGUGUCGGCCGGAGGAAGCUGGCCCUGCUCUGGGCCCUGGGCCUCACUCUGGCCUGUGCCCAGCACACAGGCCAGGGCCGGGACAGCACUGCAGAGCUCGGCUAUGCGUACCCGGACCUCCCUCCUGCCCCCCAGGGGCCUGGUGGCAACUCCCUCCGCGGGGCGACCAUCCACCCGCCUCUGAGGAGCACCCCCCUGGUGCGAGCCCUGAACGCGGCGCACCGUGGGCGGGUGUGCAGCACAUGGGGCGACUCCCACUACAAGACCUUCGACGGCGACGUCUUCCGCUUCCCCGGGCUGUGCAACUACGUCUUCUCCGCGCACUGCGGUGCCGCCUACGAGGACUUCAACCUCCAGCUCCGCCGCGGCCCAGGCCCCAAUGCCACCGCGCCCAGCAGGGUCACCAUGAAGCUUGACGGCAUGGUCGUCGAGCUGACCAAGGGCUCCGUCCUGGUCAACAGCCUCCCAAUUCAGCUGCCCUUCAGCCGCUCCGGAGUCCUCAUUGAGCAACGCAGCAGCGGCGUGAAGGUGGCGGCCAGGCUGGGCCUGGUCUUCAUGUGGAACCAGGAUGACAGCCUCCUGCUGGAGCUGGACCCCAAGUACGCCAACCAGACCUGCGGGCUCUGCGGAGACUUCAAUGGCGUCCCCGUCUUCAACGAGUUCUUCUCCCACAACAUCAAGCUGACCGCCACCGAGUUUGGGAAUCUGCAGAAGAUGGACGGCCCCACGGAGCAGUGUCAGGACCCUGCCCCUGAGCCCCCCGUGAACUGCUUGACCGGUUUUGGCAUCUGCGAGGAGAUGCUGAGCAGCGAGCCGUUCUUGGACUGUGCCGUGCUGGUGGACGCCAGCAACUACGUGGAGGCCUGCCGGCAAGAUCUCUGCCACUGUGGCCAGGCCAACCUCACCAGCUGCCUCUGUCACACCCUUGCUGAGUACUCCCGCCAGUGCACCCAUGCCGGGGGGCUGCCCCUGGACUGGCGGGGCCCCCAGCUCUGCCCCCAGACGUGCCCCCUCAACAUGCAGUACCGCGAGUGCGGGUCGCCCUGCGCGGACACCUGCUCCAACCUGGAGCACUCCCAGCUCUGCGAGGACCACUGCGUCGCCGGCUGCUUCUGCCCUGAGGGGACGGUGCUGGAUGACGUCGGCCACACUGGCUGCAUCCCGGUGCCCCAGUGCUCCUGUGUGUACAACGGGGCUACCUACACUCCAGGGACCGGCUACUCCACAGACUGCACCAACUGCACCUGCUCUGGAGGCCGGUGGAGAUGCCAGGAGGUGCAGUGCCCGGGUACCUGCUCGGUGCUGGGCGGUGCCCACUUCUCCACGUUCGACGAGAGGCAGUACACGGUACACGGGGACUGCAGCUACGUGCUGGCCAAGCCCUGUGACAGCAGCGCCUUCACCGUGCUGGCCGAGCUGCGCAGGUGUGGACUGACCGACAGCGAGACCUGCCUGAAGAGCCUGACGCUGACCCUGGGCGGGGGGCACAUGGUCUUCGUGGUAAAGGCUAGCGGGGAGGUGUUUGUGAACCAGAUCUACACCCAGCUGCCCCUCUCGGCAGCCAACGUCACGCUCUUCAGACCCUCCACCUUCUUCAUCAUCGCCCAGACCCAGCUGGGCCUGCAGCUGGACAUCCAGCUGGUGCCCGUCAUGCAGGUGUUCGUGAAGCUGGCGCCCCAGCUCCAGGGGCAGACCUGCGGCCUGUGCGGGAACUUCAACCAGAACCAGGCCGACGACUUCCGGACCAUCAGCGGCGUGGUGGAGGGCACGGCCGCCGCCUUCGCCAACACCUGGAAGACCCAGGCUGCCUGCCCCAACGUCAAGAACAGCUUGGAGGACCCCUGCUCCCUCAGCGUGGAGAACGGGCCUCGGAUGGGUGCCCAGAGCGGGUGCCGGGCCCUGGCCUGGGCCCUGGUGGUCCUGCCCUUGGUGCAGAAAGCAGAGACCCAGGGCAGUGUGGAGCAGAGCUGGGCGAGUCAGGAGGCUACCAUGAACGGUGGUGACCCAGCUCACUCUGCAGCCCGGCGUGUGACCUUCAUCCCGCCCAUCACUGGCUUCCCCACCAUGAGCUGUAAGUGGUUGCCGCCCAUUGCCCACAGGGGCAGGGGUGUUUGCCAGCCUCAGGGGGUGGUCACAGACCUGGGGCGCGCACUCCCCACAGCCCUGAACGCGGCGCACGGCGGGCAGGUGUGCAGCACGUGGGGCGACUUCCACUACAAGACCUUCGACGGCGACGUCUUCCGCUUCCCCGGGCUGUGCAACUACGUCUUCUCCGCGCAUUGCGGUGCCGCCUACGAGGACUUCAACCUCCAGCUCCGCCGCGGCCUGGUGGGCUCCAGGCCCACGGUCACCCACAUCACCCUUAAGACGCAGGGGCUGGUGCUGGAGGUCUCCAACGGGUCCAUCCUGGUCAACGGGAGGCGGGAGGAGCUGCCCUACAGCCGCGCCGGCCUCCUGGUGGAGGAGAGCAGUGCCUACGUCAAGAUCAACGUCCGGCUGAUGCUAACCUUCACGUGGAAUGGAGAGGACAGUGCCCUGCUGGAGCUGGACCCCAGGUAUGCCAACCAGACCUGCGGCCUGUGCGGGGACUUCAACGGGCUCCCGGCCAUCAACGAGUUCUAUGCCCACAAUGCCAGGCUGACCCCUCUACAGUUUGGGAACCUGCAGAAGCUGGAUGGGCCCACGGAGCAGUGCCAGGACCCCCUGCCCUCCCCAGCUGACAACUGCACGGAUGAGGAGGGCAUCUGUCGCCACACCCUGCUGGGCCCAGCCUUUGCUCAGUGCCACAGGCUGGUGGAUGCCGAGGUGUACGUGGCCACCUGCACCCAGGACCUGUGCCGCUGCCCCACCUGCCCAUGUGCCACCUUCGCGGAGUACUCUCGCCAGUGUGCCCACGCCGGGGGACAGCCGCAGAGCUGGAGGGGCCCUGACCUCUGCCCCCAGACGUGCCCCCUGAACAUGCAAUACCAGGAGUGCGGCUCACCCUGCGCGGACACCUGCUCCAACCCUGAGCGCUCCCAGCUCUGCGAGGACCACUGCGUCGACGGCUGCUUCUGCCCCCAAGGCAGGUCCUGCACGGUGAUGGACGACGUCACCCACUCGGGCUGCCUGCCCCUGCGGCAGUGCCCCUGCAUGCACGGCGGCCGCCCCUACGCCCCAGGGGCCUCCUUCGCCACCAGCUGCAGCUCCUGCACCUGCUCCGGGGGACUAUGGCAGUGCCAGGACCUCCCGUGCCCGGGCAUCUGCUCCGUCCAGGGCGGGUCCCACAUCUCCACCUACGAUGAGAAACUCUACGACGUGCACGGGGACUGCAGCUAUGUCCUAACCAAGAUAUGUGCAGGCAAUGCCCUCACCGUGCUGGCCGAGCUGCGGAAAUGCGGCCUGACGGACAACGAGAACUGCCUCAGAACGGUGAUGCUGUGGUUGAACGGAGGCGACACGACCAUCCAGGUCCAGGCCAACGGCGGGGUGUUCGUGAACUCCAUCUACACGCAGCUGCCCGCGGCAGUGGCCAACGCCACUGUCUCCAGGCCGUCAUCCUUCUUCAUCCUGGUGCACACGGGCCUCGGGAUGCAGCUGCAGGUACAGCUGGCGCCCCUCAUGCAGGUGUUCCUCAGGCUGGACCCCUCCUACCAGGGCAGGAUGUGUGGCCUGUGUGGGAACUUCAACCAGAACCAGGCCGACGACUUCCGGACCAUCAGCGGCGUGGUGGAGGGCACGGCCGCCGCCUUCGCCAACAGCUGGAAGACCCAGGCCGCCUGCCCCAACAUCAAGAACAGCUUUGAGGACCCCUGCUCCCUCAGCGUGGAGAACGAGAACUACGCCCGGCGCUGGUGCUCUGUGCUGACCGACCCUGCUGGGGCCUUCUCGUCCUGCCACUCUGUCAUCAGCCCUGGGCCCUUCCACUCGAACUGCAUGUUUGACACGUGCAACUGUGAGAAGAGUGAGGACUGCAUGUGCGCGGCCCUGUCCUCCUACGUGUGGGCCUGCGCCGCCCGGGGCGUGCUGCUCGGUGGCUGGCGGGACGGCGUGUGCAACAAGUACAUGAGCAGCUGCCCCAAGACCCAGAGCUACGCCUAUGUGGUGGACAGCUGCCAGCCCACCUGCCGCUCCCUAAGCCAGGCUGAUGUCACCUGCGAUGUGGCCUUCGUGCCUGUGGACGGCUGCACCUGCCCCUCGGGCACCUUCCUGGACGACAGCGGUGGCUGCGUGCCUGCCGAGGCCUGCCCCUGCUACUCGCAUGGCUCUGUGCUGGCUCCAGGGGAGGUCCUGCACGACAACGGUGUGGUGUGUUCAUGUGUGAGCGGGAAGCUGAGCUGCCUGGGAGCCGUGGAGCAGAGCACAGGGUGCGUGGCCCCCAUGCUGUUCCUGGACUGUAGCAACGCCUCCGCGGACACGCGGGGGGCCGAGUGUGUGCGGAGCUGCCACGUGCUGGACGUGGACUGUUUCAGCACGCGCUGCGUGUCGGGCUGCGUCUGCCCCGCGGGGCUGUUGGCCGAUGGGAGCGGGGGCUGUGUGGCCGAGGAGGACUGCCCCUGCCUGCACAACGAGGCCGCGUACAAGCCUGGGGAGACCAUCAGGGUCGACUGUAACACCUGCACCUGCAGGGGCCGCAGGUGGGAGUGCAGCCGCCGGCCCUGCCUGGGCACCUGCGUGGCCUACGGGGACGGCCACUUCAUCACCUUUGACGGCGAGCGCUACAGCUUUGAGGGGAGCUGUGAGUACACGCUGGCCCAGGACUACUGUGCGGGCAACGACGCCAGCAACGGGAGCUUCCGCAUCGUCACCGAGAACGUCCCCUGCGGGACCACAGGCGUCACCUGUUCCAAGGCCAUCAAGAUCUUCCUGGAGGUGGGGGCACCUGGGAACCAUCUCCCUCCCUCUGCAGCCCCGUUGGAGUCCCAGCCGGGGCCCCUGGACCUCCAGCUCUCCCUGCAGCCGCCGCCUCCCCGUGCCCCUCUGCAGAACUAUGAGCUGAUCCUCCACGAGGGUUCCCACAAGGUGGUGCAGAGGGGGCCAGGCGGACACCUGCCCUACAAGAUCCGUUACAUGGGCAUCUACCUGGCCAUCGAGACCCGCAGUGGCAUGGUCGUGUCCUGGGACCGGAAGACCAGCGUGUUUAUUCGGCUGCACCAGGAGUACAAGGGGAGGGUCUGCGGGCUGUGUGGGAACUUUGAUGACAACGCCCUCAACGACUUCACCACGCGGAGCCAGUCUGUGGUGGGCGACGUGCUGGAGUUCGGCAACAGCUGGAAAUUCUCCCCGUCCUGCCCGGACGCCCAGGCCCCCAAGGACCCCUGCACUGCCAACCCGUACCGCAAGUCCUGGGCCCAGAAGCAGUGCAGCAUCAUCAAGGGUGUCACCUUCAGCGCCUGCCAUUCUCAGGUCGACUCCACCAGGUACUACGAGGCCUGCGUGAGCGACGCGUGCGCCUGCGACUCGGGGGGCGACUGCGAGUGUUUCUGCACGGCCGUGGCCGCCUACGCCCAGGCCUGCCACGAAGCGGGCGUGUGCACGUCCUGGCGGACCCCGGACAUCUGCCCCCUGUUCUGCGACUACUACAACCCCCAAGGGGAGUGCGAGUGGAGCUACCAGCCCUGCGGGGACCCCUGCCUGAGGACCUGCCGGAAUCCCCGCGGGCACUGCCUGAUGGACCUGCCAGGCCUGGAAGGUUGCUACCCAAAGUGCCCACCCAGCAAGCCAUUCUUCAAUGAGGACCAGAUGAAGUGCGUGGCCCAGUGUGAGGGCUGCUACGACGAGGAUGGAAACUACUAUGAUGCUGGCACCAGGGUCCCCACGGCGGAGAACUGCCGGAGCUGCGACUGCACCUCCAGAGGCCUGCAGUGCACAUACAGCCCCGCGGCCUGUACGUGCACCUACGAGGGCAGAACCUAUGCCUACGGAGACGUCAUCUACAACACGACCGACGGGCUGGGCGCCUGCCUGAUUGCCAUCUGCAGAGACAAUGGAACCAUCGUCCGAAAGGCCGAGGAGUGCCCCGGAACCACACCCACAAUGCCUUUCACCUUCACCAGCACUGCGGCUCCACCCUCCACCACGGGCUCGGUCCCCACACCCUCCACCGUGUGCGUGCGGGAGCAUUGCCGCUGGUCUGACUGGUACGACAGUGGACGUCCAGAGCCGGGCACGGAAGGGGGCGACUUCGAGACAUUCGAGAACCUGAGGCAGAGGGGCUACCAGUUCUGCCCGGCCCCAGCGCAUGUCGAGUGCCGGGCCCAGCAGUUCCCGGAUACGCCUUUGGAGAAGCUGGGUCAGAAGGUGGAGUGUGGCCAGGCCCGGGGGCUGACCUGCCUCAACAGAGAGCAGAACACCCUGCUCUGCCACAACUACGAGCUGAGGGUCCUCUGCUGCGGCUACGUGCCCUGCAGCACCAGCCCGGCCCCGGGCGCCAGCCAGCGGCCAUCCUCCACCCAGACCACACCCACCAGAGGAACCUCCCUCCUGUCCACGGCGGCCUCCACCUCACAGACACCAUCCACCAAGUCCACCUCAACCAUGACCCGAGUGGGCAGCAGCUCUGUGGUCCCGGCCACCACCACCUGUGAGCCCCGCUGUCAGUGGACAGAGUGGUUUGACGAGGACUACCCCAAGUCCGAAAAGGCCGGAGGGGACGUCGAGUCCUACGACAAGAUCAGGCGUGCGGGAGGGGCCGUGUGCGAGCAGCCCCAGGGCAUAGAGUGCCAGGCCGAAAACUUCCCCAACGUGAGGCUGGAGGAGCUGAAUCAGCGCGUGCACUGUGACGUCAGCUUCGGCCUGGUCUGCAGGAACGACGAGCAGGUGGGCCUGUUCAAGAUGUGCUACAACUACAAAAUCCGCGUGCUGUGCUGUGGGUACAGCCACUGCGGGGAGCCCACAUCCCCCACCACCACUGCCACUGCAUCCAAUGCCACAGCCACCACGGCCAGCACCUCCACUGCCACAGCCCCCACUGUGGCCACCUCUACAGCUCCCACUGCCACCACCUCCACUGCCACCACCUCCACUGCCACAGCCCCCACUGUGGCCACCUCUACAGCUCCCACUGCCACCACAUCCACUGCCACAACCUCCACCGCUACAGUCACCACUGCAGCCACCUCCACUGCUGCCACUGCCACAGUGGCCACCUCUGCUACCACAGCCACCACGUCCCCCACGGCCUCCAGCACCACCACCGCUGUGCCACCAGCCACGCCACACACAACAUGGCUGGGGAGCACAGGGGUGACCAGGUCCCCCGCCAGCAGUGCCACACCAGCACCUUCCCUUUCCACGGGACUGACAGCCCGAGUGACAUCCUCGAGGCCCAGCCACACAGGCAUGCUCCCAGUGUCUGCCAUGUCGGUCCUCCCGACUCACGCAGCCUCAAGGGGGCCCACCCCGAUGUCGGUGAUGACACAAACCUCCACGUCUCAGCUGCUGACGGGAACAGCAAUGCGCACAACGGGCACCACCUCCACGGGCCCGCCGUCCACCUCACACCCUGAGACCAGCACGCUGAAAACCCUGGUGUCGACGGGCACCACUGGGGCCACCACCAGCACAACCAGUUGUCAACCCAAGUGCCAAUGGACAGAGUGGUUUGAUGUGGACUUCCCCACCUCGGGGGUCAGGGGCGGAGACAUGGAGACCUAUGACAACAUCCGGGCUACGGGUGGCAAGGUGUGUCAGCAGCCACAGAAGAUUGAAUGCCGGGCAGAGAGCUACCCCGAGGUGAGCAUUGAUCAGAUCGGGCAGGUGCUCAGCUGCAGCCUGGAGGUCGGGCUGGUCUGCAGGAACGAAGACCAGAGGGGGAAGUUCACCACGUGCUUCAACUACAACAUCCGUGUGUACUGCUGCGAUGAUGUCUGGCACUGCCCCCCCACGGCUACCCCCCGCCUCACCUCCACCACACUGCCCGCCACCAGCAGCUCCACAGCCACGGCGCCAUGGCCCUCUGCCGUGACCCAGACGGGUGCCCCCACCCCGGCCCCUUCAGCUGCACACGGGCACACGACCACCUUCGGGACUACCUUGCUGCCCACCCCCGUGACGCCCAGCACUAGGGCUACCACCUACACCCGCUCCCUGCACCCCACGGCCUCCCCUCAGGCCACAGAGCUCCCCACCAGGCCCUCCGAGACCACACCCGGACCCCCCAUCACCACACCCAGCACAGGCCAGGCCACCCCCACCCGUGCGACAGGUGCCUCCUCCACGGGGACCACGCAGAGUGUCUCCACCCCCACCCGUGUGACAGGUCCCCUUUUGACUUCCCCCAUAUCGACCGCCCCCGGGUCCCCACCCACCACCCCUUCCUGGUCUGGGGUGACCUCUGGCAGCCCGGGGACCUUCUCCAUCUCCACCGCCUCUCCCAGCCCCACCACAGCCUGCCUUUGCCAUGCCUUUGGAAAGCUCUUCCUACCAGGGGACAUCAUCUACAACAAGACCGACGGAGCCGGCUGCCACUUCUUAGCCAUCUGCAACCAGCGCUGCGACAUCGACCGCUUCCAGGGCACCUGCCCCACCUUCUCACCCUCGGGGACCUCGGCCUCUGUUCCCCCAACCACCCCAGUUACCGGCUGCAAUCACACCAUCCCUCCCCGACAGGUGAAUGAGUCCUGGACCCUGGAGGACUGCAUGGUGGCUCGGUGUGAGGGUGACAACCGUAUUGUCCUGCUGGGGCCAAAGCCAAUGGGCAACGUCGUCUGCGUGAACGGGCACCUGCCUGUGAGAGUGCGGAGCGGGGAUGGGCCCUGUGACUACAGCUACGAGUGCGAGUGCUCCUGCAGCGGCUGGGGGGACACCCACUACGAGACCUUCGACGGCACCUCCUACUCUUUCCUGGACGAUUGCACCCACGUCCUCAUGCGAGAGAUCCAGCCACGCCACGGGAACCUCAGCAUCCUCCUACACAACCACUACUGUGAGGCCGCCGCCAGCUGCCCCCGCGCCCUCAGCGUCCACUAUGAGUCCAUGGACAUCGUCCUCACCACCACCCCUGGCGCCGACGGGCAGGAGGAAAGCCUGAUCCUGUUUGGCCAAAUGCGGGUGAGGCCGAGCUUCAGCAAGAACGGCCUGACCGUGACGGCGACGGGGGCCACCGAGAUGAGCAUCGAGAUUCCCGCCAUCGGCGUGAGCGUCAUCUUCAACGGGCGGGUCUUCCAGGCCCGGCUGUCCUACAGCCGCUUCAGCUACAACACCGAGGGCCAGUGUGGCACCUGCACCAACAGCCGCAGGGAUGACUGUCGCCGGCCCGACGGCACCACGGCCCCCACCUGCCAGGACAUGGCCCGGUCCUGGCUGGUUGCCAACAGCAGCGGGGAGGGCUGCUGGGCACCGACCGGCCUGCCCCCGACCACCAGCGCCCCCUUGCCGGCACCCAGCACGCCCACCUCCACUCCGUGUCCCCCGGAACCCCUCUGCGAGCUGAUGCUGGGCCCGGUGUUCGCCGGGUGCCACGGCCUCAUCCCGCCCGGCCCGUUCUUCAGCACCUGUGUCAGCGACAGCUGCAGGCCCGGCCGCCCUGACCACCCUGAAGCGCUCUGCCAGAGCCUGGAGGCCUACUCUGCGCUCUGCCGCGCCCGGGGCGUGUGCCCCGACUGGCGCAACGCCACCAGCGGGCUGUGUGACCUCACCUGCCCACCCACCAAGGUGUAUAAGCCGUGUGGCCCCGUGCAGCCCAAGUCCUGUGACUCCAGGAGCCAGAGCCCGGCGAGCAGGGGGCUGGCAGAGGGUUGCUUCUGUCCCGACGGCCACAUCCUGUUCAACUCCCACACGGACGUCUGUGUGCCCCAGUGCCCCUGCGUGGGACCAGAUGGGUUUCCCAAAUUCCCCGGAGAGCGGUGGGUCAGCAACUGUCAGUCCUGCGUGUGUGACGAAGACUCCGUGUCGGUGCAGUGCGCCCCCGUGCAGUGCGAGGCCCGGGACCGGCCACCGGAAUGCGGCCGGGCCGGCUUCGUGGCCCAGACCAGGCCCCUGGCCGACAACCCUUGCUGCAUGGAGACUCUGUGUGUCUGCAACAGAAGCACGUGCCCCCAGAGCCCACCCAAGUGUAGGCCGGGAGAGGAGCUGGCCUGCACCCAGGCGGAGGACAGCUGCUGCCCCAUCUUCAGCUGCCGGCCUCAGCUGUGCACCUACAACGGCACCGUCUACGGGGUCGGUGCAACCUUCCCAGCGGUCAUUCCCUGCCACACAUGCACCUGCCUGUCCGUGGACACCCACGACCCGACCGUGCAGUGUGAGGAGGAUGCCUGCGACACCACUUGUCCCCAGGGCUUCCAGUACUCGCGGGUGGCCGGGCAGUGCUGCGGGGAGUGCGUGCAGACGGCUUGCCUCACGUCCGACGGCCGGCUGGUCCAGCCCAAUGAGACCUGGGUCAACAGCCUCGUGGACAACUGCACGUUGUACCACUGCCAGGCUGAGAACGGGCCCCCUAUGCUGACCCCGACGCCCGUCGCGUGCCCGGACGUGUCCAGCUGCAGGGGCAUCCUCCGGAAAAUCGGCUGCUGCUACUCCUGUGAGGAAGUGGACUCCUGCCAGGUACGCGCCAGCAUGACGGUCCUGCGACACCAGGGCUGCGCCACCCAGGCCGCCGUCAGCGUCCCCUUCUGCGAGGGCUUCUGCCCAGGAGCGGCCCGGUACUCCAUGGGGGCCCGGGCCACGCAGUGCCCGUGCAUCUGCUGCAAGAAGACCAGGGCCCACCAGGAGGUGGUAACCAUGCAGUGUCCCAACGGGACGGCCUUCCAGCACACCUACACCCACGUGGACGAGUGCAGCUGUGGCCCAUCUUGCGUCUCCUCGGCCCAGGCUCCCGAGGACAGCACCCCCAACUUCCCGAUCUAUGGGUCCACCACUGUCUGACGCAUUCUGCCCCCCCUCCGCCCGCCCCACCUGGAGCCAGAACACGCACCACCCAACCACGGAAACCGUGGGAGCCCACGCACACCUUCCGUGGAUACCACUGCCCCCGCCCACUUUACACCUGCCCCAGGUGAAACCCAGGCCCUGGCGGGUGACAGCGUAGUGAGGGUCGGCUUGAGGAGGACCCCAGGCUGGGGGGACCUGCCCUCAGAGCCCCUCCUGCCUGGCCUUCGGGCCCUGACCCUCAUCUGAAACACAAGCACCCGCUCCACCCAGGCUCACCCCCGUCCUGGUGUCAGAGGGAUGCCCCGGAGAAAACUGCACACCCACUGCCGUGCUGCUCCCACGGCGGGCCUGUGUGCCCCCCACUGCCCCUCGAAGCCCCGUGGUGCACAGGUGACCGCUGGCUACACCUCUUGCAGCUGAGCGCAGACUGAGGCUUGUCCGGGCAAGGCCGGCUACCUGCCCACGUCUGGACCCCGGCCUGAGGCUCCGAGGGCCAAGGGACGGGCCCUGGCGGGGUCGGCACCCCACAGCACCCGCUCUGCUCACCCAGCCCCAGUCUUUGAAAAUAAACACCGAGCAUCACAUACA